GAUAACGAAAUAACCAGAGUGUAGCAAGAAGCACCGUUCAGAUCUUUCUGCCGCCAACGGCAAGAACAUGGUCCACAAGCAAGCGAAUUAAAGAAGACGUAGAAGGAGGAGGAGCUGCAGAGAUAAUAGGGCGAGCCAUAAUGGCGCUACCAAUUUCAUCGAUGAAAUCCCAGUGCUUUUCCCAAAUAUGCCCUCACCUCAAGCAACCGUUACUUUUGUCUCCGGUUUCAAUCUCAUUUCCGACUCCUAAUUUCAAUCCAAGUAGAGUUCGGGUUAUUAUAUUCUGUACCGCGAAGUCGCAGACGGAACCGGUGAAGAAGCGUUCAUCUUCGACGGGCAAUAAGAAGAAGAGGAAGAAAGGCAAGGAUGGGGUUGGUGAUUCCCGGGCUUUGGAUUUGAGUGAUGUUGAAAAUGUGAAUGAUUUUAGCGUCGUUGAAAAUGGGCCUUCUAGUUGCAGUUCAAGCUCCAAUGCUUCUUUCUCAUACCAUCCUACUUCACUGCCGAAACCACCAGUUGGUUUUGUUGUAGACGAUCAAGGCAAGGUUCUACUAGCUUCCAAUAAGCGACUGGCGACACUGGUUGAUCCAGCAAACAACUUUCCCUUAGAGUGUGUCAUAAGAAGAGUGUUCAGGAGCUCCCAAGAUGAUGAAUGUAUGUUGCUCUGUCCAGUUGAUACGCCUGUUCAAAUAUUAAAAAGCACAAAUGUUGAGGGAUGGUCAGCGGUCAGUGAUGAGGAAGUUGAAUCUAUUCUUCCUGCUGCUGCUUAUGCACUAGCUAAGAUAAACAUGUAUCUAGUUUAUAGUGGAUUUUGUUAUACAGCACGUGGUGGUUUUUGCUACUCUGAAGAGGACAUAUUUGAUUUUCACACAGAUGAUGGUAAAGAAGUGGAUGGUUUGCCGACUGAAGGUGUUGAAAUUACUUGCUUCAAUCUGGAUGGUGCACACUACAUGAUUUAUACACCAUCUGAUCCGCUUCUUUUUGUUGCUGUGAAGGACAAGAACGGGAUGUUGCAAAUUGCUGAUGAUGAACUGCUGGAGGACCCAGCCAUCAUUAGUGCUAUAGAUGAGGAAACCGAGUUUAAUGCCCUGGUGGAGGAAGAAGCCGCACUUCUUGAUUCGCUGAUAGGAAAAAGAUAACCGGAUAGGCUUUGACAGUCAAGCUUUCUCGAUGCUUAUGAAGUUUUUUUGCCUCUGAAAAGCCUCGUCCUUGUCUAACAGAAAAAUUUCAGUCCCCUUUUGUGUAAAUGAUAAGUUUUGCUUGUAUGAUAUCUAUUGCUGAGGCCUGAGGGUACUAUCGAUUUAUUGCGUAUGUUAAUUGUUCACAUAGCCCCUACAAUAAAGUUAUUGAAACAGUCAUAUGCUCAUGCAACUCAGAAUUAUUGGGAUGUUUGUACUUCAAUUUAUUUAAUUAAGUCUAGCUGCUCUCUUACUGGCA